UACUGCACUUGCUCUCUGACGCAUCACAGCACCUACGCAAUAAUGAAGUUUAGCAUCAUCGCCCUGCUGCUGACGCUGGUCCUGGCCGCCGUAGCCAUGGCCAGCCCCGACCCUAACCCCGUCGCCGACCCCGAGCCUGGCAAAUUCAAAAAAUUCGGCGGACGCAGAUUUGGCGGCGGUGGAUUCCGCGGGGGCUAUGGAGGAUUCCGUGGCGGAUAUGGCGGUGGCUUCCGACGUGGUGGAUUUGGUGGCGGGAAGAAAUUCGGGAAGUUUGGUGGUGGAAAGAAAUUAGAUUUGUCUAAUUCCUCCUUCCGUAAAAAUUUUUAA